AUUUAGAUCAAGCAAGCACAGGUAUGAGUCACUCUUCAUGAUGUGGACAGGUAUGCGCUACGUACUAUGACAAAGGUACUCAUUACCCACUGGCAAGAACCCAUUGUCAAGUUACAAGUGGAGAAUUGUUGAAAACCAAGACAUGUACUAGGUAGGUAUUGUGGCAGAGUGAGGACAUCGCUUUCUGACGGCCGUCAUUGGAAGUUGAUACAGCGAAGCCCCUUUUCGUCCACUAUACACAGGCGCUAUCACCCGUGGAAAAAGAUCUCGUGUCGACACCUGAUGAGAGGUAGCGCCGGUCAUGUUGACUACACACUUUUAGAAGAGAUCGGAACUACUUCAUGCUAGAACACAAGAAAAUAUCAACUUCAAUUUGGGCACCACAGAAUAGAUAUUGCGUCCCAAGAUGGUGCGGCUGGUGUUAUACGUGACAUGUUUCGUUGUAUUUUCUAUGCAUACUGGAAUCACACACGGGUUUACGUGUUACCGGGAUCACUGUGUAGCAGGGCGACAGUACUGUGUGGAGGAACGAGAGAGAUGUUUCCACUGCUCGGACAGGGAGAGCGAAUGUGGCCAGGCCACCAUGCCCGCUGACUGCGGCGCUUACUGCGCUGAGGUGGAGUUGAAAAGGAGAUUAUCGGAAUUAAACGGAACAAACGAGAAUCUCAGAACACAGACAUUGCAGUGUAGCGGAGAUCUGAACAAAACACAUUCUGAAAAUACACAACUCAAUGCACAAAUCAAAGACUCACAGCAAAAAGCUGCAAUUUCGCAAAAGGAAAAUCGAAAGUUCGCAAACGAAAUUGCUGUGCUUAAGAACGAAACGAAGUCACCGAAGGAGUCGAUGUACGGGAACAGUGAAAUCCACUCCGAGAGGAUAAAGUAUCUCCAGAACGUAAUUGCAGAUUGGAGAAUUGGAUGUAUCUUUGGCUGGGUUCUGCUUUCUCUCAGUAUAUUUUGGCAAUCAAAAAACUGUCUACGCCGUCUGUUCAAACGCAGAAGGAACCUAACCGACAACGCGAAACUUCUUGGCAACCAUGAACUCAGCGCGCCUGCGAGAGAACCGGAACCGGAAGUCACGGUAGAUAUAGACAUGCAUGACAAAGAGUGCGCCCCUGAAUAUGAGGACUCUGGUCAAGGAUCCACGUCUUCCCUGGACAGUGAGGUCCGUGAUAGGGGGAAUCAAAAUCAGUCGGAAAUCACUUCAGACAGACAGACAAAGAAGAGAGCAGGUCCAAUGUCCGAUGGAGGAUGCGAAUGUAGACACUCCCACGGAACUGGAGUUAAACCCUGCAAAUGUAACCAGCCGGUAGAACCAACAAAGGGAAAGAACUCAGAGCGUGCCGCUAUGGUGUUGAACCCGACACCAGCAAUGACGUACCCGUUCCCUUCGUUUAACUGAGAUACUGUAGCACAAUGAGUUUUUAUUUCUGAUAUUAUUCAUUUUCAAUAAAACAUUCAAAAUGAA